UUCUUGAUUUUAACAAAAAAUACACAGCCGUGUACAACACCAAGCCAACUCUAUACUUAACUGUCACUUGGUCAAGUGUUUGGUUGCUUAAAAUUUGUUUAAUCUUUUAUCUUUUGCACUUGCAGCCAUAAAAUUUUAUCUUUUAUCUUUUGCACUUAAAAUUUAGAAUUUUUUUGUUUGUUUGAAAGGGUUUUUGAGUAUGGCUACUACUACUGGUAAAGUGGAGAAAGAAGGUGGUAAGAGUAGUCAAGAUGAAGUUGUUUCGGUUGAACUUCCUGCACCUCCUGGUUGGAACAAAAAGGUACAGAGGUGAAUCAAGAUGCUAGCGAUGAAAUUCCAGAAGACAUAUCCAAUAUAUCUGGAUCUCUGGAAGGAGAGGGAAGUCCUAGAGAAGCUGACAGACCGAAAUCUGUCUCUGAUGAUGAUCCAAGUGCUGGAAACAAAUUAGGUAGCUCAUCUGACGGCAGUAGCUUUUCUGACAUUGAGAAGAAGCUAAAAGAAGCAACUUUUUCCAGGCAAGUUUGGGGUUGUGAAUUCUGUUAUCCCAAUUUCUAUCUUAUGGUGCAAGUACCUUUCAUCAUCGUCUGAGUGACAUGAAUAUGAUCGCUUGACAAAGUUAUUGCAUUCAAGAUCUUCUCAUGUCGAUGAACGGUCAAUGGAAACUUCAAAUACUGCUAUCAAGAAAGAGGCUACUGAUGGGGUGCUGUCCCAGGAAAAUCUGCAUGAAGAAAAAAGAGCAGCUAGCCCAGCCACUCGUCCUCAAUUAUCUAUACGAGAUCAGGUUGGUGCGUCACCAAUAGAUAUUGCAAAAGCUUACAUGGGGGGCCACACAUCAGAAUCAGGGCUUGAUUCUCAAAGUGUACUUCUAAGAGAUGAAAGAACCCCUAUAACUGAUAGGUUUUCGUCAAGAUUAUCCAUACCAUUACCGCUACCCAAGCCGUCAGUGUGCUGGCCUGGAGCCAUGGUGCAGGAUCAAUGGGCUUAUCAAACCCCACAAACACAAAAUCGCAGAAUUGGUCUCCAUAAUUUGGCGCGAACCCCUUAUUCCAGGCCUACUCAUUCAAGAUCAACUUCUAAGUUGCUAAGCGGUGGAGACAGAGGUAUUAACACUAUGCCGAAUCAGUGGAAGCAGUCUCAUACUCCAAAUUUUGGUUUUAGUCAGGUGGCCAGGAAAACGAGUUCUCCGGAUAAAGGCUUUGGAUCACUAGGACCCAUUCGUAGGGCACGUCGUAAUUCUGUUGAAACGACUCCUUACCGAAGAACUAGUCUUAAUAGGUUCGAAAGUUCAGGUGCUUCCAUGGGUAUCUUGUGCAUCAAUAAUCGGAAUCAUGAAAUAGGACCAUCAACUGAUGCUGAUGUAGAUUUCCAGAUGGCGAACAAUAAACCACCAAGCAAUGUUGGCAUUUCACCUGUUCAUCCUCAGUCUUCAGAUGUGGCUAGAAGAAUAUUGGAGCACCUUGAUAGAGCUAUCCCAACCCCCCAAAAGAAAGUUAACGAGUUAAAGAUGGCCAGUUCUUGGAGGAAACCCCAGUCUUCUUCUGACACUGGCGUUCUGAAUGGGCUGACAUACGAACAACCACAUGUUGAAGGCUCUGAUUCACAAAAAAGUCGCGUCACGUUGCAACACUCUUCUAAAGGCAAAGAGGUGGCAAAUAGCUCUCCGUUUGAAGCUCAGCCUGUGCAAAAAAAAGUUGAUGUAGCUACUACCAAUGAAGCAAAGGCAAACACGUCAGCUACUAACUCAAGUUCUAGCACAAAUGGUUUUGGUUUUGGUAGUAAUAUUGGUGUUAAAGCAGCAACACCAUCAGUGGGUUUGUUUAAACUGGAUGCUCAUAGGAAACCUCCGACACCACACACUUCUGGAAGAGACAAGCCUGCAUUAAGCUCCAUUUUAAUUACCAAGCGUGAUCCUAAACGUUUCGAUAAUGGUUCUGGUUUUACCUUUCCUGUGUCUGCUUCGUCGUUUGGUGAACCUCCUACUCCUUCGAUCCUGCCAUUUCCAUCAGCCAGUGGUCUGCCUCGGCCACAAGAAAACACAAGUGUUCCUUCAGACAAAGCAACAGCAAAUGCAGUAGGUGCACCUUCAUACAGUUUUGGUUCUCAAAAGACUGAAGAUACAAUUGUUUUCUCAUUUCCGUCUACAAGCUCUGCUAGUCCUAGUGGUGACAGUACUCCAACUCCAACUUUUAAAUUUGGAUCAGAUAAGAAGGAUAGAUUAUCUUUUAGGUCCUUUGGUGAAAACACCAAAUGUCAUUAGUCAAGCAACUGGUAAAGGUGCUCAUCUGUAAUUUCUUGAAUCCUUUAGAAACUUAUUUUUUAGACACCACCAUGAGAAGCUAGAAAGCUAGAUCUGGUACUACGUUUAAACUUUGUUCUUUUAGUUUUCAGGGGAUUAUAUAGUUUUUCUAUCAAGGUUAUUAUUCUUUUUCAA